UCUGGCCGACGCCGAGGCGCCCGCCUGAAAGCCGUGCCCCGGCGGAGACGCCGCAGCGAGGAAACGCAGGGCGGUUGUAACGUCAGCGCUAGAAAACAAGCCGCCGCCGUCUCUGUUUUGUUCCCUGGCUGCGUCGGUACCUGGCGCGCACGGGGACGGUGCCUCGGUGCCCCCAGCGAGCAGCUGUUCAUGGACAUGGCUGACGCGAUGGCUUCGGAAGGCUGGAAGGCCGUAGGCUACGAGUUCGUCUGCAUCGACGACUGCUGGAUGGCUCCGACGCGGGACGAACGCGGCAGGCUCCAGCCUGACCCCGAGCGCUUCCCCAGUGGGAUCCGCAAGCUGGCAGACUACGUCCACUCCAAAGGGCUGAAGCUAGGAAUUUACAGCGAUGUCGGGAACAAGACUUGUGCUGGCUUCCCCGGCAGUUACAAUCACUACGAGCUGGAUGCCCAAACCUUCGCCUCCUGGGGUGUGGACCUGCUCAAGUUUGACGGCUGCAACUCUGGCACGCUCGAGCUGCUGGCAGAAGGUUAUAGGAACAUGUCUCUGGCCCUGAACAAGACUGGAAGAAGCAUUGUGUACUCCUGUGAAUGGCCUUUCUAUUUGAGGCCUGUGCAGCAGCCCAAUUACACCGAGAUCAAGCAGUACUGCAAUCACUGGAGGAACUUUUUUGAUGUCUAUGAUUCUUGGAGCAGCAUCAAGAGUAUCUUGGACUGGACAGCAAUUCACCAGGACAGCAUCGUGAAGAUAGCUGGGCCAGGGGGCUGGAAUGAUCCUGACAUGCUAGUGAUUGGAAACUUUGGGCUGAGCUGGGACCAGGCAGUGACUCAGAUGGCAAUGUGGGCUAUCAUGGCCGCUCCCCUCUUCAUGUCCAAUGACCUGCGGAACAUUAGCCCUGAGGCCAAGUGGUUGCUCCAGAACAAAGAGGUGAUUGCCAUCAACCAGGACCCACUGGGCAAGCAGGGAUACCGCAUCACCAAGGACAACAACUUUGAGCUGUGGGAGCGGCCUCUGUCAGGCAGAGCCUGUGCUGUGGCAGUGCUGAACCGGCAGGAAAUUGGGGGACCUCGUAACUUCACCUUCUCCCUCACCUUCCUCGGCAGCGGGCUGGCUUGCAACCCAACGUGCUCUGUCCAGCAGGUCCUGCCAACCAGCAGAGACUGGGGAUUUCACAACUGGGUCUCCUCCCUGAGCGUAGAGGUGAACCCAACAGGCACCAUGCUGCUGAAAGUGGUGGCGUUAUAGGAGGCUCAAAGACAAACUUCCUGUAAGCCUCGAACUCUCUCUAGACUUCUUGUCACAGGAAGACCAUCUCAUGCCUCCAAGGGGGAUGCCUUUGUCCUCCCCUCAGGUAUUCACCAUUCAAGUGCUUCUACGUGGAUCUCAAGUCUUCUACCUAACACACCAAAUAUCUCUUCCUAAUGGAAUGAUGGGUAACAGGAAAAACUGUUACUGCUUCACUUCUCUUUGCACUUUCUCUAGAAUCUCACCUAACUCCCCUUUCCAAGGGGCUACGAGAGCCUCAGCAGGGCAGUAACCCCUUUGUUAAUAGCCAGUGCCACUAGUAAUGGAAGAGAUGCAAAGUAUAUGUGCAGCAUCCUAUAGCUCCUCUUGAGCAUUUCAAAGACAAGUAAGGAAAAACACCCCUGCUGCCUUGUUCUUGCUUUGCCAAGAUGGGAGAUAGUUACAUUCACUCCAAGAAUAAAAAGCCUCUCCUCCUAUCCCUCCUGAAGAAACCCAAUGUCCUCCUCAGAGCACUGUCACCCCCUUCCCCUUCUGACAACUCAGGGACAGGCCUAGAUCACUGCGUUGAGCAAUUGCUUUCUUGCCAGCUCUCCGCUUAGUACGCAUGUGGCUGAAGUAUCGUGCCUUAGAAGCGAGCGUCAAGCAUUCCUCCUUCCCCCAGAAGUCUUGUCCUCAUGAACGCUUGUGUCACUCCCCUUUGGAUAAGAAUUCCCCCUCCUACCCUCCAUGGUGCCAGGGAGGUUGCUUUCCUUAGGGAACUCCCUUCCAGAAAGGUCUGAUGUGCCUUUCUAGGGCUGGCAGUAACCUUUAAGUUAAGUUACAGAGGUUCUUCUGAUAUAGGAAACAGCUACUUUAUCACUUUUGCAAACAGCAUGCACAAAGGUGUUCUCUUCUGACGACUGCUCAUCAGGAUGUCUUGAUUUGUCCUCACUUCUGUGGAUCUAAAAAGCCUGAAUUAAAAUGCCUGUAGAAAGGGCUAAGCUUUCUUAG